GUCCUCUUAAUUUUUACCCCGCGCGACUUCGAUCGCAAGUCACGACUAUCGGACUAUACUGCGCUUCAGAGGGCUCAGUAUAUAACCCGACGGAGCACAAAUGGCCUUCGAGCUUUCCUCUGCGCGUUCUCCGCCUACCGUCAGCCUCAUUCCAUCGCCGGACAUCUCACCGACAAAUUUGCAGAACGCUCAGUCUAUUUCCCCCCUCCGAUCUCUACGCUCUUCAAACUUCUCGGACGAACAGCAACGCUACUAGACGUCUCAGUCUAGCUCUCGCACUCGCGACUCUACCUUUGAAAUCCUAGUCUUUCUAUCACCAUGCGUGGAACUGCAGCAGUGGCAGCGGCUUUGCUCGCGUCAACUCCCGCUCUGGCGACGUACAGCCUUAUCAAGGAGUAUUCGGGCACGGACUUCUUCACUGGGUGGGACUUCUAUGGGAACUACGAUAAUUUGACAAGUGGUGAUGUCAUAUGGGUCGAUCAGGCAAAUGCGACAACGUCUAAGCUUGUAUACGUGAAUGAUGCGGGCAACGCGAUCAUCAAGGUGGAUAACACCACCAACGUGCCGUACAACGAGAAGCGUGAUACGGUACGGAUCACCAGUGACGACUACUUCCCUAUCGGCACGGUCCUCGUUUUCGACGCUACCCACCUGCCAUAUGGGUGCUCGGUGUGGCCCUCCUUCUGGACGAAGGGGCAGAACUGGCCCCUUGGUGGCGAAAUCGACAUCAUCGAGGGUGUCAACCUGAUGACGGCCAACCAGAUGGCGCUACACACGCAAGACGGGUGUACCCAGGCGUCGUCGGUGACGCAGUCCGGCACGUCGGGCACCACGAACUGCACAGUGGACGCGGGUUGCACUGUUACGGAAACGCAGUCCAACAGCUACGGCGAGGCGUUCGCGACCGCGGGUGGAGGCGUCUGGGCGGCGCAGAUCGACACUACCGGGAUCUCCAUCUGGUUCUGGACUAGGAGCAGCGUUCCGUCAUCCGUGUCCAGUGCUACGGACUCGAUCGACCCGUCCGCCUGGGGCACGCCUUCGGCGUCCUACCCCGCCUCGUCCUGCGACAUCUCCGAGUUCUUCACGCCUCAGCAGCUCGUGCUCGACAUCACGCUCUGCGGUAACUGGGCGGGCACUGCAUCGGUGUACGAGGGGACGUGCGGCGGCGAUGGCACCGCGACAGCGUGCUACAUCGACAACGUCAUCGGCAACGGCACGAACUACGCGAACGCGUACUUCGAAAUCGCAUACAUCAAGGCGUUCUCGAACAGCUCCGCCCUCGUCGCGACGACCUCCGGGGGCUCCACCGUGCUUGUGUCCGCGACCGCCACUUCCUCGAGCGGGUCGUCGUCGAGCUCGUCGGGCUCACAGAGCAACACGCGCCUGCCCGAGGUGGGCGCGCGCGCGUUUGUCGCGGUCGCGGGUGCGACGGUGCUCGCUGCCUUCUCUUGGGUCCUCUUGUGAUCCGGCCAAAUCAUGCUGUAAUGACUUCGAGAUGACACGGACUACAAGCUAUACGUAUAGACCAUCUCACGGACCAUGUAUCGCUAUCGUUACUGCGCUGCUCAAUAAUAAUGUAGCGUUCGAGAGAUACUAGUC